UCCUCUCCCUAUAUAAUUCAUAUAAUCCCUAGAAUCAAGGACCUUUACCAUCAUUACAAUAUGAUAUUUGGUUAUUAGUCCGUACUCGACCUUUGGCUUUGAUUGUUGGCUAUUUUGACCUCGUUACUAUUGUUCAUUCCAUUCGACCUUGCUGCCCAUCUAUCUACCCGUCUCCCUAAUUGCCCAAGGAUCUUUUCAAUUCAUUCCUACACCUAUACAUAUACAUAUACAUAUAUCCCAUUCGAUCUUUCGCAGCGAAUAAUCUCCAAAUCUUAUUGAAUUUGCUUAGCCGCAAGCAAACAUAAGCAUUACAGCAUUACUCCUCUGGAUCGUUUCGAUUCCUUCUAGCUUUCUUCUCGAACUUUGCAUAGAAGCUCCAAAAGCCAAUCGAUUUUAUUCCAUCUCACUACCGCUCCCCUCCCCACAUUUGAAGCGAGAAGGUUGUUAAGGUUCCUGUCCUACAAGUCCAUACAGUACAUACACAUACUGUACGGUAGGCAAGCUUCGCCCAUUAACCCCUUCCCCUCGCCUUGUCGAUCAAGAUACAGUACCAUAGUAUCCAUAGCGGCACCUUCUUUCCACUUAGUUAGUUCAGAUCACUGCUGCCAAAAUCAUCCUUUAUACCCUGCAUUCCAAUUAUCAUCCUCGCUCGCCCUCUCAACCCUCUCAACUCUGCUAUCAUACAACAAAACAUCUCUUUCUUACCUUCUUAAAAUCUCAAUUCCAAUAGAAGACGCCUGCAAGCUCAGCACGGUCGAUAAGGACUUGCUUGGUAGGUGUUACGUUUACUCCACUUUGUCUGUGGAAUUCAUUCAAUUCAUACCAGUCCAAGAACUGAAGCUUGUGCACUUAUAGAGAGGAACUUGUUGUGAGUACAUCAAUCAAUUCCAUUCACUUGGUAGCUGAGUGACACAUUCUCUGUACCUACUUCAUUCACCAUCACUUAUCAAAUACAAUUCUCAUGAGCCUCACUAAAUUGUUUUCCGAUCCUAUAUAGAUUAUUCCACCAACUCGAUCUGUCAACCUGCUCCUUAAUUCCCCGCGCCCAAUUUGCUGUGGAAUCCUCCUCUUGAUUCCUCCAUUACAUUGUUGCAGUCCUAUUGAAUGUUCACUGGUUUGUAAAAAGCAUUAAGCUGUUUACCUCACACGCCGAGAACGAAUGUCCCUACCGUCGGCGUACUUGACCGAAAUCGAGUCUCUCAGUCAAGAAAUCCUUAGAAGACAGCCCACCGAUAUUCUACAAUUUUGUGCCAACUAUUUUUGGCAACGUCUGGAAACGGAGCGCGCAGGUCUCCUUUCAUCUCGCAAUAGAUCAUAUCGUUCCGUGUCGCCCGGAACAGCAAAUCGCCCGAAUAUGGCUGGGAAUACCUUCCCUGGCCGGCUCGGAACCCAUGUCAACCCUUUUGGUAGCGACGGAAGCGGCAUGGGGCAUGAGCAAGCAAGUUCCGGCACCAUCUCAAAAGUCAUAGAGGAGGAUGAGAAUGAUACCAUCACAUCACCAACUACACCUCAUUUUGGAUUCUCGAAAGGGAUCCCUUCGUUUGGAGCUUCCUUUGGUGGAGAUGCAUCUGCUGGAGAGUUCCCACCAUCUUCUUUUAAACCCGCAAACGAAGGAUUCCCCGAGCAUUAUGGCAUGGGAAGGCGCACUUCUGUUUCGGCCGAAUCUCUCAACCCAACAGCUUCAUCCAAUGACAACUGGUCUCCACCAUUUCAUAAAAAAACAGCAGAGCAAGUAGCACGCUUGAAGAAGUCGAUUUCCGGAAAUUUCCUAUUUAGUCAUCUCGAUGACGAACAAAGCACUCAGGUGCUAGGCGCUCUUGUAGAAAAGCCAAUCCCAGCUGUUGGUAUCAAGGUAUGCGUAGAUCCAGCUAUCACCCACUCGAAUCCUACUAACCCCCAUUAGGUUAUCACUCAGGGUGACCAGGGAGAUUUCUUCUACGUAGUAGAGAAAGGUUCCUUCGACGUAUAUGUCAAUCCCACUGGCUCACUGCAGCCAGGUCCCGAUGGCCUCGGGACCAAGGUGGCUACCAUUGAGCCUGGUGGAUCAUUUGGUGAACUCGCCCUCAUGUAUAACGCACCUAGAGCAGCCACGGUAAUAUCGGCCGAAGCAUCUUGCACUCUCUGGGCUUUAGAUCGCAUUACUUUCCGCCGAAUUCUCAUGGAUUCGACAUUCCAACGCCGUCGUCUCUACGAAAGUUUCCUGGAAGAAGUACCCCUUCUUUCAACCUUGACCCGCUAUGAAAGAUCAAAAAUUGCCGAUGCUCUGGAGACGCAGAAAUACCCUCCUGGAACUUCAAUCAUAACUGAAGGAGAUGCCGGAGAAGCAUUCUACCUUCUUGAGAAUGGGGAGGCCGAAGCAUACAAGCAUGGCGUGGAGAACCCAGUUAAAUUAUAUCACAAGGGAGAUUAUUUCGGCGAAUUGGCGUUAUUAAAUGAUGCUCCUCGAGCCGCUAGUGUUAUUAGCAAAACAGAGGUGAAGGUCGCAACCCUUGGCAAAAAUGGCUUCCAAAGGCUGUUGGGACCUGUUGAGAGUAUUAUGCGAAGAACCAAGUAUGAAAGUGUAGAAAGCAUUGACCCACUUCAUCAGAACUGAAGGACCGUCGGAUGGGAUGGAUUCAUUUUAUUGCUGGCGUUCAGAUACAGGGUACGUUCGUUCAUGAGAUGAUCAAAUGGACUAGGGUUUGUGGGCAAUACCUGAGAUACAGACAAGAGUCAGAUUUUCAAUCACUUUGCAAUUGUAUUAUGGAAGCUGUUAGCGGACUCCUUUCGAAUGCUCAUCAGUUUUACACUAUGCAUCUUUUAUCCUAACGCCUCAAUUAUAAUUUUAUGAAUCAUGAUGCAAUCCAAAUGAUAUCCCUACUGUGAAUAUGCACGCACGUUUUGAUGUCGUAUAGUACCAACCAAAACCCAGCUAGUACUUCAGUCCUUCUUCCCCUCCUCCCUAGUCCAAACGUUAUAUGCUCUUAACUUGAAAUCAACUAGCACCCGCCCUCCUUCUCUCCAGAAUCUCCCUCCUAACACCUUCAGCCGCCACCU